AUGCCGGAGAUCAAGCUGAGGGCUGCGACCACAGGUGCUGAGAUCGCCGUUCUCAGCGCAGAGCCGCUUGAGUUGGUAGCCCGACUCCGGCGGGCGGUUGUUGCGGCUGGCUAUGGCGGGCCGCCCGAGCUGUUCUGCGGCCUGCGUUUGCUGCAUGGGGAAAAUGUGCUGCGCGACUGCGAGACGCUGGAGGCUUCGGGUCUCGCUGGCGGUGGGGCUGUGGACGUCGUGAGGCUGCCAGCCUUGGAGCUCUGGCGCGAGGGAAAGGUUACAUGGAACACCAUCGAUGUGCCACUUGGCGGGCCACUGUGCAUCGGCGUCUCUGUGCGGCCUGUGGGUCGCGAUCGCAUCCUCGCAUUCCCAGCCCGACCUGCUUGGAGGCGUUACAGCGAAGAGCUUGGCGACUCUGCUUCCCGUGAUUUUCUCGGCAAGUAUGAGAUCAUGCAUCAUGAGCAUACGGACCUUUGGCUGAUUGGCGCGAAUGAGCCCUUCGCGCUGGAGGGGUCCGUGGCCGCAGGCAGUGGCUACGUCAGCGCAAGGCAGAUUCCUCUACCACUUCCGGACCCGAGUCAGGGAAUCCACGCCUUCGACUUCCAGGAUGGUCUUGCCACUGUUCUCUUGGCUCCGGGAUGCUCGGGCGAUCCUAUGAAGGAGCUGCAGAAGGGUGUGAUUCAGAAAUUUCGUCUUUGCGGCAUCGAAGAAGACGAUCUGCGCAGCGUCAAGUUCGAGCUCGCGGGUGAGCCCACUCCAUUCAGGUUCAAGUUUCCUGAUGCCUCUGCGGAUCAUGACCCCAGGCAACCCACAGCGUACGAGCCGGUUAUAAGAAGGUUCGAUUGGCAGGAAGGCGACCAAUCUGAUGGCCGUGAAGGCAAGAAGCCAGACAUGAUCCAAUGGUGCCACGAUGCGGAACGGAUCACAUUGCAGUCAAACUCCUUGCGCUGCUACACCUUGGGUCGGGAUCGUUGUGGCCAAGUGGUGGCGACGCGCGGGCGGAACAACCAGGAUCCGGAGGACGACAUGUUCUAUGAAAUUUGCGAGUUGAAGGAAGACGGCGGUGAGCUGAAGAAACUUGCUACUGGCAAGGUCCAAGGCCACAUGAACAGCCAUUGCCAAGCCCUUGGGGAUCGGCUCAUGUUGUUCGCUGGCCCUCAUGCCGGCGAGGAUGCGUUUUACGAGAAGAUGCGGCUGAUGGAAUGGCCGACAGGAGAAGUAAUUCGAGAGAUCCCCCUCGCCAUUGCGCCGAGAUACAUUGAGGUGGAGUGGGAGCGGGGCAUCUUGUGUGGAAGCACGCAGACCUUCUUCACCUGCUGGACAGAGGAGUGCCAGAGUACGACAUUUGCCUUUGCGACUCCGGAGAUUUGA